AUGAUACAAGCCGGGGAAAAUAGCUACCUCUACGGGGUUGUUGAUAUUGGAAGCAAUGGAAUUCGCUUCUCUAUUACCGACACAUCGCCUCCAACAGCUCGAACCAUGCCUACACUGUACCAGGACCGGGCUGGAAUAUCGCUAUACGACGCCCAAUUCUCGAAGCCCAAAACCAAGAGCAACAACAGUGUCAGUAGGGAACGGCGCCCGAUUCCACCGGAGGUUGUCGAACAAGUCGUGGACAGACUAGUUCGGUUCCAAGGCGUGUGCGAAGAUUUCCAAGUACCGUCUGAGAACAUCCACGUUCUCGCGACAGAGGCAACCCGUACAGCACCAAACUCCAAGGCAUUCAUAUCACGGAUUAAAGAGCGCACUGGGUGGGAAGUGCGGCUUUUGUCUAAAGAAGAUGAGGGCCGGAUUGGGGCGUUAGGGAUCGCGAGCAGUUCACGCGCUGUUGCGGGACUGGCGAUGGAUCUGGGGGGUGGGAGUACACAGAUUACCUGGGUAGUUGCUAGGGAUGGGAUCGUGCACACUUGUCCCAAGGGUUCAUUUAGUUUUCCGUACGGAGCUGCGGCGUUAACGGGGAGGCUGGAAGAUGCAAAACAUGCUGGGAAAGGUGCCGAGAGGGCAUUGAAAGAUGAAAUGAAAGCGGGUUUCCAAAGGGCUUAUGAGGAGCUGGAGAUUCCAGAGGAUUUUAUAGAGAGCAGCAGGAAGGAGGGUAGGUUUGAUCUCUAUCUUUGCGGAGGGGGAUUUAGGGGCUGGGGUUAUGUGUUGAUGAAGCAGGCUGAGGUUAGCCCCUACCCUAUACCGAUUAUCAACGGGUUCCGGGCAAGGAGGGGGGUCUUCCACAAUACCGCCGGUGUGCUGCGGGAGGUCUCUGAGUCGGAAGGUAUCUUUGGGGUAUCCAAACGACGAGCAUCGCAGAUUCCGGCGGUUGCGAUGCUGAUUGAUGUGCUCAUGGAUGCAUUGCCAGCGAUUACCCAUAUACAAUUCUGUCAAGGAGGGGUCCGAGAGGGUUUCUUAUUUAACAAGCUGCCCCAGGAGAUCCGUUCUCAGGAUCCACUUCUUGCUGCAACUUUGCAGUAUGCACCGCCGUCUGCGGAUGAUAUCAACGGAGUGCUCUUAUCCGCCCUACCAAAGCAUGCUUCUCCGAUUGAGUCUUUUCACGUGCCCUCGACUUUGUCUUCGCACUUUAUUGCCGCACUCGCCAAUAUCCUCUAUGCGCAUUCUCGUGUACCCCGAGAGUCUCGCACUGCAGCGGCCCUGCACAGUACAACGACUGGUCUCUUAGCCUCCACUAAUACCAUCUCACACACAGAGCGGGCGAUGAUGGCACUGCUACUUGCCGAGCGCUGGGCGGGCGACCUGGCACCUACAGAAGAAUCCUACCAACGGAACCUGAUGCUUUGCUUGUCUCCGCAAGAGGCAUGGUGGUGCCAGUAUCUUGGCCGAGUAGCGGCACUGAUUGGCGAGGUAUACCCAGCUGGUCGCGUAUCCAAGACGCAUUGGAGGAUUCGGCUGGAAGCACAGUGGGAUCAAGUAAUCAAGAAGAAGGGAGAACGUGACUUGCUGCGACUAAAGCUCCAGUGGAACAGAGAGACGGCGGCGACAUCGGGAGUCACAGAGCACUGGCUGCGAGACCGGGUGGAGAAAAUCGAGAAAGCCGGCAAGAAAAAGAGCUGGAUCCGGGAUUAUGGAGUCCGGUUGGAAGUAGUGGUUUGCUAG